AUCAUUGAUUUCAUUAAUAAUUUCUAGGUAAUUCUUGUUUAUUUAGGAAUUCUUUUUUUUUUAAAGAUUUAUUUAUUUGAAAGAGUUACAUAGAGAGAGGAGAGAGAGAGAGAGGUCUUCCAUCUGAUGGUUCACUCCCCAGUUAGCCGCAAUGGCCAGAGCUGUGCCGAUCCAAAGCCAGGAGCCAGGAGCUUCUUCUGGGUGUCCCACAUGAGUGCAGGAGCCCAAAGACUUGGGCCAUCUUCUACUCAGGCCAUAGCAGAGAGCUGGAUUGGAAGUGAAGUAGCCGGGUCUUGAACCAGUGCCCAUAUGGGAUGCCGGCGCUUCAGGCCAGGGCAUUAACCCGCUGCGCCACAGUCCGGCCCCUUAAGAUUUCUUUCAACUGUUCCAUUUAUUCUUAGACACAUGUUAAACACAGCAUCAGCAAUGGGCAAGGCACUGUCAUGUUAGGGGUCUCUGGGCACAGAGGAAUUAUUCACAUAAAAAUAGUUCAGAUGGUGUGUUGCCCUGCGCCUCCCAGUGUGCGGCCUUUUGGCCUCCACUCACUCCUGGGUUGGGUGCUGCUGUCCCCUCUGACACAGUAUUGAUGGACAGCUCCCCUCUGCCCACCUCAAACACUGAAGUCUGUCACCUUUGAUUAUGUGAACGCUGUGACAUCUAAGGAAUGUUAAGGAUUGUUCUUUUCAGUGGGAACCUAGAAGGUCCGGAGUGGGCGCUCCCAGGGAAAACUGAGACACAUUCUUCAGCUUACCUGAGCCACCCUCCCAGGGCCUGGGAGGUGUGAAGGGGCCCUUUCUGAGGCCUGCCUGGAACACAGGGUGCUUGCCUGUGUCUCCUCAGCAACUCCCAGCAGCAGCCAGGGUGGGCGCCCCCUCCAGCGGCCCCUUGCCAAGCAUUUCCGGAUUGCAUCUCAGAGGACACAGCGCUUGUCCCUGCCAGGCCCUGGGCAAGCCCCUGGACCUCUUCUCCGGGGCAGUCAGCUAGCCCAGGAGUGUGCGGUGUAACCCAGGCGGUGCCUGCGGUGGCCACCAGAGAUGUGGCAAGGAUGCUGUUGUCUGAGUGAAGGGAGGCCGUUUGGACACAGACACAGGGGCUCCAGCUGGGAGAAGCAGGGGCAGAGGUUCAGAAACUGGUGGGCAGCCUGGACCUCCCUGGAGCUACCUUCUACAAGCAUGUUUCCUGUGGAAUACUUUCCACACUUAAUAGGUGUGGCUUCAGUUUCGGUUUUCCUAAAUGGCCCUCAGUUGAAAGGUCAGGUGCGCUUUAUUUUCAUCUCCUGAACGAAAGGAGCCAGACCAGAAGCAGAGAGCAAGAGGUUACCAUGGCAACUAAUAUCACCAUGAAGACCCCCAUCUGUCUAGUGGAAAAUUGGGAAGAGCAGCUGAAAGUAAAUCCUAAAGCACUGGAGAUUCUUAACCAGAUAUCUCAGCCUGUGGUGGUGGUGGCCAUUGUGGGAUUGUAUCGUACAGGCAAAUCCUACCUCAUGAAUCGCCUGGCAGGACAGAAACAUGGCUUCCCUCUGGGCUCCACCAUAGAAUCUGAAACCAAGGGCAUCUGGAUGUGGUGCGUGCCCCACCCCUCCAAGCCAAACCACACCCUGGUCCUCCUGGACACUGAGGGCCUGGGCGAUGUGGAAAAGGUAAGCCAGACAAUGUUCUAUGCCCUCAACUGUGCUCAUAUAUUUUUAUUUGCCACAUCACUUCACUUUUUCUGACACAUUUCUCCAAACCACAAAUCCAUUAACGAGCAAUAAGGUUAA